GCAACAAUAAACGAAACUGUCUGAGGCAAGUCCCAUUUUCAUAUUUUGUUCCUCUAAACUAAUAGCCUUAAUAUUUUUUCUUAUGACAUGGAUUUGACUUCGCCAAUCGCCGACCUGUUGGCGGUACUAUUUUAGUAGAAUCUGCUUUCUUCCCAAACAUUGUGAUGGCCACGAAUCGAUUGGAAAAGAUUGGCACCAUUUUCACUAGGACCACUGGACUGCUGAAAUCUGGUGCAAUGAAGCCUGCAGACAAGCCUUUGUGGUAUGAAGUUUAUGAAGCAUUUCCUCCUAAGCUGGAGCCAAAGUUUGACCGCAAGGUUCAGGAGAAACCAGUUAGGCCUAUUCUUUACCCUGAAGAUGUACACAGAGCGCAAUUUUAUAAGAAGCAUGGCUCACCAGGAUCAAUACGACUUUCUGAAGACAGCAAACGCCCUACCCUAUGCCAGCUCUUCAUUGAGGAGUAUAGGCGAUUGCUAAGUGAAGGCAUCACUCCCACUGAAAAACUGAUGGAUGCAGCACUUGCUCUUGAGUUAAGGGGCAUUUACUUAGAUCCUUCUCGGGCACCGCCUAAGGUUGAGGCAGACAAAGAGCAAGUUCCAGUAAGUGAGCCCUUGAAAGAACAGGGAAAUAUCAAACAGAAAGUUCGAUUAGCUGAUAUUUUUAAAGAUAGUCAAGAGGAUUAG